UACGGGGCAGACCAACAUGGCGUACGGACCGCUCGCAUAGGGAACCGUGAAGUCAGAUUUAGUUAGUUAGCGCUAUUUUGAAAAGUACACCAUCGCAGCUCGUUCAGCGUUUGACCAGUUUGUGUGUUAGGGCAGCGGCGUCCACAUUUGAAAAAUGAAGGGUAAAGAGCGGUCGCCUGUGAAAAAACGCUCUCGUAUACUCAACGACAUCCGCGAGCGGGGAGUAGGCCACCCGACCGGCAAGAAGACCGGAGCCCUGUCGGCGGCUGGCGGCAACAACGGGGCCGCGUCCGCUAACAGCGGCGCCCCGUCCAGACGAGCUUUACCGAGUGAGAAAAGGGACGUGCGGGAUUCGGAAGUGAACAGCACGUCAAGCCGAGCCGGGAGCGAUUACGACUACGGAUCCAGCACCGCGGGUAAGGUGUCCGGCGGCGGCGACGACGGCUCCGCGGACGGGACCGCUGAUUCCCGGGCCGGUUCGCGCGGCGACCCGCGGUCCCCGUCGAGCGCGGAAAGCGAAUACAAGACCCUUAAAAUUAGCGAACUGGGCUCCCAGCUGAACGACGAAGACAUCGAAGACGGGCUGUUUCACGAGUUUAAGAAAUUCGGCGACGUGAGUGUCAAGAUAAGCCGGGUUGGCGACGAGAGGGUGGCGUUCGUUAAUUUCAGGAGGCCCGACGAUGCCAGGGCGGCCAGGCACGCACGUGGCAAGUUGGUGCUGUACGACCGGCCUCUGAAGAUCGAGCCGGUUUAUGUGAACCGGCGACGGAGCCGCUCCCCUGCCCCUAAAGACCCCUACGUCUCAGGACACAGACAUUUACACCCCCAGAGACCGCUGUCACCUACCAGCAUAGGUUACAGAGACUACCGCCUACAGCAGUUGGCGCUAGGUCGUCUCCCUCCGCCUCCGCCCCCACCCCACUUAAGGGAUCUGGACAGAGAGAGAGAGUUUUCUAUCUAUGAUGCCAGAACCAGACCUCCGUUCAUCCCCGAGUGCGCCGUGUUCCGCGAGGAGGACCUCGUGGCCCUGGAGGACGACCAGAGGGCAAACAGGACGCUGUUCCUUGGCAACCUUGACAUCACUGUGACAGAGAGCGAUCUGAGAAGGGCCUUCGACCGCUUUGGCGUUGUUACAGAGGUGGACAUCAAGCGGGCGGUGCGCGGACAGACCAGCACUUAUGGGUUUCUCAAGUUUGAGAAUCUUGACAUGGCCCACCGUGCCAAAGUUGCCAUGUCGGGCAAAGUGGUGGGUCACAACCCAAUUAAAAUUGGUUAUGGCAAACCUACCCCUACAACCAGGCUGUGGGUGGGGGGCCUUGGGCCCUGGGUGCCUCUUGCUGCCCUCGCGCGGGAGUUUGAUCGGUUCGGUACUAUCAGGACAAUAGACUACAGGAAAGGAGAUGCUUGGGCCUACAUUCAGUAUGAGAGCCUGGAUGCUGCUCAGGCUGCUUGUUCUCACAUGCGGGGCUUCCCACUCGGUGGCCCUGACAGAAGACUCAGAGUAGACUUUGCAGACAUUGAGCAACGCUACAAACAACAGCAAUACAUGCAGCUUCUCCCCCUGCCACGCUAUGACUUGGUCCCUGAGCCCUUUGGCCACCGUCUCACCCCAGAGCCCAUGAGAGUGAGAGAGAGGUCUCCUCCGGUCCCCAUUCGUUUCAGAGAGAGAGAGCUCUAUGCUGGUGCUGACUGGCCAGGCCUGGGUGUUCACGACCAGGUGCGUGGGGCAGGCUUUGAGACCCUCGAUCACCUGGAGAGGCGAUCGCGGGAGAGCUGGUCGAUGGAGCGUGAACGGGAGUUCCAAAGCCGGGAUCAGGGGCGCAAAAGAAGACAGUUGGAUGAGGGCCGGCGCAUCGACCAUUCCCCUGACGGCAGUGAGUAUGCUCGUCGUUGCCACGGGAAUUCACUGGAGCGCAGCCCCGGGGGAAGCAGCCGAGACGGGGGCCGCUACAGUGACUCCGAGCGCCUUCCUCGCUCUGGCAGACCCUCCCCUGCCAGAGAGCGCCACGCCAACCUUGACCCGACAGGACCUGCAGAAAGGAGAAGGAGGACACUUAGCCCAACCGAGCCAGGCGGCAGCUUGGAGAGGGAACGCAAACGCAAGGCCUGUGACCCUUGUAGGAGCCCUGUGAAAAAGGAUGACAGAUUAGAGCCCCCUCCCUCCUCCUUACCCUCCUCCAACUCAUCUCCCUCCAAGUCUGGCCUGCAGUCAAAGCAGGGCUCCGGUGGACAGAAGCUGUGCCAGGCCUGGCAGGGCGUUCUCCUGCUGAAAAACAGCAGCUUCCCGACAUCGAUGCACCUGCUGGAGGGGGACGUGGCCGUGGCUACCAGUCUGUUGGCUGUGGUUUCUACAGGGAGUAAGGUGUCCCAGUUGAAGAUCACUCAGCGACUGCGCCUGGACCAACCCAAGCUGGGCGAGGUGUCCCGCCGCAUCAAGGCCGCCGGUCCCAGUGGCUACGCCGUCCUCCUGGCUGUUCCCGGCAAGUACGAGGAUGGACUCCAGGAUGCUGUCAGCUCCACCGAGAGGCCACUGAAGAACCUGAUCUCCUACCUGAAGCAGAAGGAGGCAGCUGGCGUCAUCAGUCUUCCUGCGAAGGGGAGCCGUGACAAGGAACAAACCGGAGUCCUUCACGCGUUUCCCCCUUGUGAUUUCUCCAAGCAGUUCUUGGAUGAUGCUGCUAAAGCCUUUGUCAAAUCAGAGGGAGACUACAUGGUGAUGGUCAUUAUCCGGGGGGCAUCGUGAAAAAAAAAAGAGAAAGAAAGCAAAUUAUAAAAUGUCUCCCUUUAUUGAUGGGCACUGUAUAUUGACUGAGUUGUAAAAUGGGGAGUUGAGCAUAGGAGGGAUGAAGCAUUUUCUGUCAGGCCAACAGCAUAAAGCUACAACAGGUUU